ACAAAAUAAAAUCAAGGAAUUAAUAUUGGAAAGGUAGCCUAAAGUAGUAGAUUACUUUAUGUACCAAAUAUAUUAUUAUAUCACAUGAACAGCUUUAGUUUAAAAACAAAGUGAUCUGAGGCAUAAAAACUCAUUUAUUGUCAUUAUGCAACACAAUGCAGAAAAACAUGACAAGCAACACAUAAUAAAAGCACUCGUGCAUUCCUGAGGUGCAGUUAUUAAAUCUGCAUCACAAGGAAUGUAAACGGCAACAAAAACAACUUCUUUGCAGAUAAUAUGGGACAUCUUGACGCAUACAUGCGGUGACCACCAGCUGCCACCAGGGGGCGACGCGGAGCUUCAGACGCUCAUGUUUCAUGUUUAUGAUUUCUUUUUUUCAUCUUCCAUCCAGCUGUUUCAUAAUUGAGUCACAGCUGUAGACUGAGUUAAAGGCUAUAGUGACUUUGUUCCCACUGUUAGCCUUUACACACGCACACUUUAAGUAAGCGUGUGUGUGUGUGUGUGUGUGUGUGUGUGUGUGUGAGAGCACGUUGCAUACCGAGUGAGAAAGUCGGUCACAAAAGAAAGCAUUGACACACUGAGUGCACGCGGUCGGUCAGCUCCAUGUUUUCCCUCCACGGCUCUGCAGACCGAUCUUUGAACUGAUCCUCUGAUAGUCCUCUGAUCCUCCGACCCCUCAGAUCUCAUCACAACACGCUGCUGCUGCCUUCACACAACCCGCAAACACGAGAAGUCUGCUCCCACUGGAACAUGGAUGUGAUUCCGGACCGAGAACAAACUCCACGGAUUUAUUGAUUUAUUUUAUUUUUACAGAGCAGCAGAAGUAGCUGAUUUAUGAACUGAAGGAAACAGCAUAAAAACCAACAGCUAUGUUUAAAUUAAUAUGUUUAAUUACGUGCGUUUCAGUCUGUACUCCAGAGUCUGUGAGUAUGAACGUGGCUGUGGACAGACGCGUGUUUCUAGAGAACAUUUUACGAUAUUAUGGCCAAAAUAGUUCCAUCUCGAUGGAGAACCUGGAUGAUCUACUGCUGGUGGUCUCCGACAGAAGAUCUCAGGCAGUAAGUGAGGGGAACCCGCUGGCGGACCAGGAGUGUCCCUCAGCUGAGCAGAUCUUGUCCCACUUCGGGUUGAGUAAUGUCAGCCAGCUGACUGUGGGACAUCUGGGGAGAAUCUGCCCCGCUGUGUUGACCCAGGUGCUGCUGCCCUCCUGCCCCUACACCGACCACAAAGCUACUCAGCCCCUCGACUACUCGGUGUGGGGUUAUGGGUUUCUGGCCGUCACUGUGAUCAACCUGGCGUCCCUGCUCGGUCUCUUCCUCAUCCCCUUCACCAAGAAGCCUUAUUUCCCCAAAGUGCUGACCUACUUCAUCGGCCUGGCCAUCGGGACGCUCUUCUCCAACGCUGUGCUUCAGCUCAUACCCGAGGCUCUGGGCUUUGAUCCCAAAAUUGAUAACUAUGUGGCGAAUGCAGUUGGAAUAUUUGGAGGGUUUUACAUCUUGUUCUUCAUGGAGAAGAUCCUGAAGAUGUCUCUCCGGGUAGACGAUGAGCAUGGCCACAGCCACUUCGCUCCUGCAGAGCGGCCUCAAGAAAACUCCCUCCAGAACGGAGACGUAGUGGAGAAGAAGGACUCCAUCGUUCUGACCACCAUCAACACCAUCAACACGGACAAGAGCAGCCCGAACCCAGAGCCCAACGAGACAUCUCCUCAGGACGCCCAGGGGGCUGAUGUGAUGUGCCACUGGCUGCGUGGGCGACACGUCUCCAGCAUCAAGACGGUGGCGUGGAUGAUAACGCUGAGCGACGCGCUGCACAACUUCAUCGAUGGUCUGGCCAUCGGCGCCUCGUUCACUGUGUCGGUACUGACGGGGUUCAGCACGUCCACCGCCAUCGUGUGUGAGGAGUUCCCCCACGAGCUGGGUGACUUUGUUAUCCUGCUGAAUGCUGGAAUGACCGUCCCACAGGCCAUCUUCUUCAACCUGCUGUCAGCCGUGUCGUGUUACAUCGGUCUUGUGUUUGGCAUCCUGCUCGGGAGCAAUUUUGCCCCCAAUGCAAUCUUUGCCAUCGCGGGAGGAAUGUUCCUGUACAUUGCACUGGCAGACAUGGUGAGUUAGAUUACACCACCGGAGGAAACUCUGCAUGUGCAGAUUGCUGUUCAUGUUUGCACUUUUGAUUUUACAAAUCCGGUCUUCUGUUAGUGUGAUUUAAUGUGAAUCUAUAUACAGUAUUUGUUAA